ACAAUUCUGACAGCACAAGAUGAACAACUUUCCUUGGUUCGAUGAGCUGCCCGACAAUUAUACCGACUUAUCUUCGGGGAAUGAAAGUGAGUCCUCGGCGUUCAGCUUAAGCUCUUCGGGGAAAAGUAAUCAAGCCGCUAGCGAUAAGGAACACCUGUGCUCCUCGUCCACAAAAUGUCAUAUUAUAGGAGUUGCCAAUUUAAAUCGGUUUAUAAAGAAAAUUGACAAAGCCGCCUCAAUGGACGAUCAGGCUGCGGAUUUGGUAGCCAAAUGUGUUAAUACAUUUGUGAAGGAUGUGUCCAUGCGUCUGGUCACACUGGCUAAGUAUCGUAACGCCGAGCCAAGUACAUUAGACUUAAAGUUUACGCUGAAACGUGAAUACAAUAUGGAGUUUCCACAUACAACAAACUUCGAGUAAAAUCCAACUAUCUUAUAAACAAUGCAAUAUUUAACACCUAAAUAUGAAAUAGAAACUUAAAUUGUGUGCAAAUAAACAUUAAAUUUCAACCGCAACCGAUCGUGAUUCAUGUCAAAUUGAAGAGCUUAUUGCUUAUUGAAAACUAUCGAUUUGUACGACAAAUCUGUGCGACA